GCUCCCGGCGGAUCGUCCCCGUUACCCCAUGACGACGAUCGACCGCGCCGGCUGCCGCCAUGGCGGCCCGGGUGCUGAGGCCGCUGCCCAGGCCAAAGCCCUUCAACAGACUGCAAGUAAUACUACAACAUUUGAAGAUGUCUAAGCAAACAGAUUCAACAGCUGAAGUGUUGUUGGAAAAGAAAGGAGGUGCAGGAAUAAUAACUUUGAAUAGACCCAAGGCUCUCAAUGCACUAAAUCUUUCUAUGAUCCGACAAAUUUAUCCACAAAUAAAGGCUUGGGAGAAAGAUCCCGAAACUCUUCUAAUAAUUAUAAAGGGAACUGGAGGAAAAGCUUUUUGUGCUGGGGGUGACAUUAGAGCCAUCACAGAUGCAGGAAAAGUUGGAAAUAAGCUGGCACAAGAUUUCUUCAAAGAAGAAUAUACCCUGAACAAUGCCAUUGGCACUUGCAAGAAGCCAUAUGUGGCGCUUAUUGAUGGCAUUACAAUGGGAGGGGGAGUUGGCCUUUCAGUCCACGGACAUUUCCGAGUUGCUACAGAAAAGACAGUUUUUGCAAUGCCAGAAACAGCAAUAGGCCUUUUUCCUGAUGUAGGCGGAGGAUAUUUCUUGCCAAGACUAUCAGGAAAGAUUGGCUACUACCUUGCACUAACAGGAUUCCGGCUGAAAGGGAGAGAUGUACUAAAAGCUGGCAUUGCUACGCAUUUUGUUGAAUCCGAAAAGCUACCUGCCUUAGAGAAAGACCUGAUAGCCCUGAAAUCUUCUUCAACAGAAAAUAUUGCAGAGUUAUUGAAUUCCUACCACAUGAAGAGCAGAGUUGAUCAAGAAAAGGAUUUUGUACUUGAUGAACAUAUGGAGAAGAUUAACAGGCUUUUUUCAGCAAAUAGCAUGGAAGAAAUUGUUAAAAAUUUAAAGCAAGAUGGUUCUCCUUUUGCCAUUGAGCAGCUAGAGACUAUAAAUAAGAUGUCACCUACAUCCUUAAAGCUGACUCUCAGACAGCUCAGAGAAGGUGCUUCCAUGAGCUUACAAGAUGUACUCACGAUGGAAUACAGACUGAGCCAAGCAUGCCUGAGAGGCCCUGACUUCUAUGAAGGGGUUCGAGCAGUGCUGAUUGACAGAGACCAGUCCCCCAGAUGGAAGCCACCUGCUCUAGAAGAAGUCACUGAUGAGUUUGUGGAUGAUUGUUUUAAGCCAUUGGGAAGCAAUGAUCUCAAGCUAUAAAGAUCAAGCCUAUUGACUUACGUCUGCUUAAAUCUACGACAUAAAAAUUUAAAAAGGCAAAUUGUUAUUUUUACUGCUUUACACAAUGAUUAACAUUUAAUUUUUUGCAUCAACUCUUAGUUCAGGAACCUUUGGGGGAGAGAGCAGACUUAAGGGAUGACCCUAAUAAGCAAGAAGUUAGGAGACCUUUGCGUUCUUGGCUCAGUCACUGAUCUAAGUUGGUGCCCUAGAUUAUUCUUUAUACAAUGAAAAUAAAAUACACUUAAAGGUUUAAAACAGUCAGAGCUACAAAGGAAAAUGCAAGACAUGAUAAAUGCAUGGUAUUAAGUAGCCUUUUAAAUAAAGGGUCAGACUGACAUAUAAGUAAUCUGAGAGAAAUUGUUCUAUUGAUUUAACAUUUGGUCAGUAUUCAGUUUUGCUAUGUGAUGUAGACAUUCUUUCAAAUAUCAUAAUAUUGUCAGAGCCUAGAGCACUUCUAUCUGUUGUAAGACCAUUAAAAAAAAAAAAAAAGCCAUUAAGUUGAACUGCACAAUUAGUUUUUCAUGAUUUAAAAAACAGGUAGUUUUUCCUGGUCUUACAGGGGUGAAGAAGUAACUGUCUCACACCUUCCUCUGAACACUAAGCAGCACAUUUCCUGUUGAUGUUAGUGAUUGUCGAAUGAUUUUAGUGGUAGAGGUCAGCCCGGCCCUAAUACUGCAAGUGCCUAGAGUUUAUACCACUAGUCUGGGUUCCCAUUUGCUUGUGCCCAUGAACAUCCUGUCUGAUAGGCGGAAAAUCUGUGAAAAGGGGAAUGCAGCAAUAUGUAGUGAAGAUCAUGAACAGGUGAAAACACGAAAUAUCUGCUGCACAUGGAUUGUGUAGGUUUUUUAAGACAACAUAUCCUAAUGAAUGUAUUUGUUGGGAUCAAAAUUUAAACAGACAUCAAAAAACCUUUGUGCAUUAAAGGUUGCUUGGUUCUGAUACUAAUAAUACUUGGUUAUAUGACAUAAUCAGAGCUCCUUGAUAAAAGUAUAAUGGGGGGGGAGUAAUAUUAAUUUUUCCAUAGCAUAUACAACACAUAACUAUUAAUCUUUCUUCAACUUUAAGAUUGCAUGGUUAAUGAAAUCAUGUAUCAGUAUCUUUUCCUACUUGUUUAUACAGUUAUAGGCAGGUCACAAAAACAAAUUUUGGCUUCUAUAAAGAUGAACCACUGAGACUAAAGGAAGAAAACUUCUGUUCCAAUAACAUAGUCAGUAAUCAGCACUGGAGAAUCAAAAAGUCAGAGCUCCAGCAGAACCAUUACGGAGUUUUCAAUAUUGGGCAGGUUUUAUUAUCGACAGUAUUGCUUUACAGUGGCUACAACUGUCCAAAUUUCAGCUGCAAGUUAAAUCUUACCAUGUACGUAAUGGUUAUGAGACAGUCCUUGAGCUUAGUUUCAAAAGUAGUUGAGAGAUUUCGUUAAUACUUUUAGGAUAAUUCUGAAAAUAAGACUUGAAUUUCUACCUCAUUCUGGUCUGUAAAAAAUGUAAAUCUUCCCCCCUUAGUUUUUGAAAUUUUUGUAUGCUUUAGAUUCUUAAACGAUGGUUAUUUUUAUUUUAAAUUGGUUCAUUCCAUUAUCUUUGUACAAAAGGAGCAAUCUUCAGCAUCUAUUUAAUGAAAAACACGGUAAUCCCCAAGGAGUAGGGAUCAUGCCUUCUCUGACUGAAAAGGACUUAAGGUGCUUUAGCAAGAGUACUUCUGAAUCAGUAAACUUUGACUUGCAUGUUCAAUUGCUUCCAAGAUUUAUGUGAACAGAAAUUAUCCCAAACUCAUGGUAGCAAGAUCCUGUCCAAUCUGUGCAUUCCUAUAAAAUAAAAGUCAUACAAACAGAUGGUAAGUUCAAUUUUAUUUGGUCCACAAGAAAAUAUUUUCCACAAAAAAUACUGUAAAAAUAUAUUGUACUGUGUUUUAUUUGGGACUACUGAUGUGUCUUACUCCAGAAAUGUCAAUUUUAUGAAGUUGUGCUGUAGUUACUAUGUUUUGAACUGUUAUUAGAAUAUCAAGUCAGUCACAUUGUAUCCACUCAGAUUACACUUAUGUUUCCUGGAGAAAAUAUAAAUCAAGUGUAUUUUUAACUCCUAAAUAGAAGUAAAUGGUUUUGUGGAGUAUGCCAGUCCCAUCCUGGAGUGCCUUUAUUACACAAAAUCAAGUCAAAGAAUCAGUAGCAACUCAGCUGGAAAGCCACUACAAGUGGCACAGUUUAAUCUAAUAAGAGAUGUAAUUUUAUUUAGGUAAAGCCAUCUUGAUUUUUCUUACGCAUUUGUAUUGUGCCUAUUACAGAAAUACAGCAUAACUCUGGAAA